AUGGCCGACGCCAAAAAGCCUGCCGUCUUAAUCAUUGGUGGCCUCGGCUUCAUCGGUCGCCAUCUUGCCCUCCACAUCCAUGAGAACAACCUGGCCUCCGAGGUCCGCAUUGUCGACAAGGUCCUGCCCCAAUUAGCCUGGUUGGCUCCCGAGUUUGAAGAGGCUUGCUCCAAGGAGAAGUUUGUACAGGCAGAUGCCAGCCGUGAACAACACCUUCCCCGCAUCUUCGACCGCGCCAAUGGCGAACAAUUCGACUAUGUGAUCAACUGCGGCGGUGAGACUCGGCAUUCCCAGCCCGACGAUGUCUAUGAAGCCCGCAGCUGCAACCUCAGCGUUGCUCUGGGCAAAGAGUGUGCUAAGCGCGGUAUCCCCGCCUUCGUCGAGUGCUCGACUGCCCACGUCUACAAGAGCGGGUCCUCGCCGCGCAAGGAAGGCGACAAGGUGCAACCAUGGCACAAGCUGGCCAAGUGGAAGCUCAAGGCCGCCGAAGAGUUGCUGAAGAUCCCUGGCUUGCAAUACUGCGCUCUGCGCCUGCCGCACGUUUACGGCGCCUACAACCCGGGCUACUUUGCCAUGGCUAUCUGCCUGGCCCGCGUGCACAAGGAGAUGGAACAAGAUCUCGAGUUCUUGUACACCAAGGAUGUCAAGGUGAACACCCUUCACGUCAAGGAUGCUGCCAGUGCCCUGUGGAUGGCGGCGGAAUGGCGUGCCAAGAAAGGCAAGCUCGACCGCAACAACGGUUCCAUGCCGGCUUUGUUCAAGGACCCCUCUAUGCCGAUCGCCUUCAACGUCGUCGACCACAACGAUACCUGCCAGCAGCACGUCGCUAAGGCCAUGGCCGAGGUAUUCGAUCUCAAGGUCUCCUUCCUCGGAUCCCUCGCCUCGCAACUGGCCAAGAUGAACCUGGACGAUGUGGUGGACGACAUGAACGAGGUCAGUCUGCAAGAGUGGGCCGACCUGGUUGCCAAGAGCAAGAUCGAGCGGCCCGGGCCUAUCGGUCCGUUCUUGGAGCUCGAUGUGCUCAAAGACCAGGACAUGUCCAUUGAUGGUUCGCUGUUCGAGUCGACCGUCGGCUGGAAGCCCAAGUAUGAGCACUUUGGUGCCGACAGCGUUCGUGAGAUGGUUGAGAGUUACAAGCGGAUGAACUGGUGGCCAUAA